AUGGAUUUAAAUUUAAUUAAAAGAUAUAUAGAAAAUGAUUUACCCGAUGAUAAAGAACAAUUAAUUGGUUACUAUACACAAUUAAAACAAAUUUUAAAUGUAUUAAGUGAUCAAAAACAACAACAAAUAAAUGGCACCAAUAAUAAUAAUUUUGUUUCAGUAAAUUUUGAAAUUAUCGAAUCAAUUGAAGAAAAGAUGAAAACUAUAGAGAGCACAUUCAACGAUGUUUUAAAUUUAUCAGAAAAUUCACCACCAUCACCAAUGUUCAUUUCAAAUAAUGCUGGUAAUGAAAUUUCAUCUCACCAACCACAAUCUGGUAUAGUUAUUGAUGGAAAUAAUAAAACAAAUGUUACCGCCGAGAUUUUAGUCGACAACAACCACCAACAACAACAACAAAAGGAACAACAACAGGUACAACAACAAGUACAACCACAACAUCAAGUUCAACAAAAUUCAGAAUUAACAGAUGAACAAAAGCAAGCAAUUUCAAGAAAUCAACAAGUUGUUCAACAAGCAAUUUCCAAUAUGGAAGUUAAAAAGAGAAGCUCAAGCCAUCGUCAUUCAGGUCCACCUGAAAUUCCUCCAGAAGAAAUUAAAUUUGAUUCCAGAACAGAUUUAUUAGGUGGUGGUGCAUAUGGUAAAGUAUAUAAAGCUACAUGUAGAGGAAAAAAAGUUGCUGUAAAAGUACCAAAGAAACAAACUUUAAGUGAAUCUGAAUUAAAAUCAUUUAAAAAUGAAGUCGAUAUUAUGAGAAAUAUUUUUCAUCCAAAUGUUGUAUUAUUUUUAGGUGCAUGCACAAAACCAGGAAAAGUUAUGAUUGUUUCGGAAUUAAUGCAAACAGAUUUAGAGAAAUAUAUUCACUCAGAUAAUCCACCACCAUUUUAUCAAAGAAUGAAAAUGUGUUUAGAUGCAUCUCUAGGUAUUAAUUGGCUUCAUGGUAUUUGUAAUGUUAUUCACAGAGAUUUAAAACUUGCAAAUUUAAUGAUUAGCAAAGAUAAAACUGUAAAGAUUGGUGAUUUUGGUUUCAGUCAGGUUAUUAAAACAGGUACAACACUUUCAGAUCAAAAAGGUCCAAAAGGUACAGCAUUAUAUAUGGCACCAGAAGUUAUGAUGAAACAAGAAUUUAAUGAAAAAGCAGAUGUUUAUAGUUUUGGUUUAAUUCUUUAUGAAAUGGCAACAUGCGAAGAACUUUUCCCAGAAUACUCUGAAAUCGAUCCAUUUUAUGAUGCAAUUUGUAAUAAAAAAAUUCGUCCAAUUAUUCCAUCUGAAUAUCCAGUCUCUCUAAAAUCACUAAUCAGUAGAUGCUGGGAUCAUGACCCAAAUAAAAGACCAUCAUUUAAUGAAAUCACCCAAAGAAUGGAAGAUGUUCUUGUUGAUGUAGCCAUCUCGAACGAAGCUGCAGCUAGAUUUUGGAAGAAUAAUUUAACAAAGAGUGAACCAGAUACCGUUAAAUGGAGCGAAUUUGUCACAAAACUCUCUCAUGCUACCUCGGUUCAAUUAGCACCAUUAAGAGCCCUCAAAAAAUAUUUUUGCAAUACCUCUCUAGAUGAAAAUAUCUCUAUCGAGAAGUUUGACAUGAUGAACAAAUGGUUUGGAAACUUUUUUGACGAAAAAGUAGGCCCAUCCAUUAUCAACGAAAUGAUUGGAUUAUUAGAUCAACAGUGGUUCCACGAUAUCACAAGAGAUACCUCUGAAAAGAGAUUACGUGGUAGAAGUGACGGAACAUUUUUAAUUCGUCUCAGCAGUAACGAUCCAGUAAACACACCUUUUACAAUCUCAAAAAACAAAAACUCAAAACCUGUUCAUAAACGUGUUUCUCGUGAUUAUGUCGCUGCAUCGCAAGAAUACCCAUUAGGCUAUAAAAUUUCUGUUCCUUUGGAUGGCAAUGUUUUAACUUUUAACUCAAUUAUUACAAUGGUAAGGAAAUUACGUGAAAUUGGUAAUCUUGGUAAUGCUUGUCCACCUUCCGAAAUUAAUGUACCAUACAUAUUUGAUUAA